GGUGGACUUCAGGGAACCAUCAUCUUGAUGAAUACAUCAAAGAAACUCAAGCUGAAAAUGAUGAAUGUUGGGGUGGUGCAUAUUUAGAAUGGAUCCCUUAUGAUGAAUUCAAGAAUAUAUCGCAAAUUGGUAAAGGGGGUUUCGGUACGGUUUAUUCUGCCGAUUGGACUAACGGCCGACUGGUAGCUAGGUAUUCACCUGACAAUACUAGAAGAGAGAUAAAAGUUGCAUUGAAAAGGUUACAUAAUUCCGCCGAUAAUGUCGACAGUGACUUUAUUCGAGAG